GUGAUCGUCGCUGACUUUCCAAAGAGGGUGUUUUCGCUGCCGCUGCUGCUGCUGCUGCUUCUCUCCGCGUUGUGUGUGUGCGCGCGUGCUUUUUUUUUGGUUGCUGCAUCGACGCUGGGAAGAUGCUUCUGGAUGCUGGACCGCAGUAUCCCGCCAUAGGAGUCACUACCUUCGGAUCCUCUCGCCACCACUCCACGGCCGAUGUCACGGACAGAGAAGUGGGGCUGGGGAUCAACCCCUUCGCCGACGGCAUGGGCGCCUUCAAAAUCAACCCCAGCACCCACGAGCUGGCCUCGGCCGGCCAGACCGCCUUCACCUCGCAGGCUCCCGGCUACGCGGCGGCGGCCCUGGGGCACCACCACCACCCGACCCAUGUCAGCUCCUAUUCCAGCGCCGCCUUCAACUCCACCCGGGACUUUCUGUUCCGCAACCGCGGCUUCGGGGAGGCGGCGGCCGCCAGCGCCCAGCACAGCCUCUUCGCCUCCGCCGCCGGCAGCUUUGCCGGACCCCACGGACACACAGAUGCCGCGGGACAUAUACUUUUCCCGGGGCUGCACGAACAAGCCGCCAGUCACGCUUCGCCUAACGUGGUGAACGGGCAGAUGCGCCUGGGCUUCUCCGGAGACAUGUACGGCAGACCCGACCAAUACGGCCAGGUCACCAGCCCCCGCUCCGAGCACUACGCCUCGACCCAGCUGCACGGCUACGGCCACAUGAACAUGAACAUGGCAGCCCACCACGGGGCAGGGGCUUUCUUUCGUUACAUGAGGCAGCCCAUCAAACAGGAACUCAUCUGUAAGUGGAUUGAGCCCGAGCAAUUGUCAAACCCCAAAAAGUCCUGCAACAAAACUUUCAGCACGAUGCACGAGCUGGUGACUCAUGUCACGGUGGAGCACGUUGGAGGACCCGAGCAGUCCAAUCACAUAUGUUUCUGGGAAGAGUGUCCAAGAGAAGGGAAACCUUUCAAGGCCAAAUAUAAACUUGUAAAUCACAUCAGAGUCCACACAGGUGAAAAACCUUUCCCCUGCCCUUUUCCAGGCUGUGGGAAAGUGUUUGCCAGAUCAGAGAAUCUCAAAAUACACAAAAGAACUCAUACAGGUGAAAAACCAUUUAAGUGUGAGUUCGAGGGCUGUGACAGGCGCUUUGCAAACAGCAGCGACCGCAAAAAGCACAUGCAUGUGCACACUUCCGACAAGCCCUAUCUCUGCAAAAUGUGCGACAAGUCCUACACGCACCCCAGCUCCCUCCGAAAGCACAUGAAGGUAAAUGGAGGGCGCCUGGCGUGCGGGCCUGCCCGGGCGGAGGGCGGCGGGGCCGUGUCAACUUUUAAAGGGAGCGAGCGGCGAGCCGGGCGGCGGAGCGGGCAGGGAGGGCCGCUGCACGCCCGGGGCCGCAGGAGCCCCGGCGCGGCGGCGAGGAGCCUGAGCCCCGCUGCAAAGCCCACUUCCAGCGGGCAAGACGGGGAAGGAGAUCCCCUCUGGAAAGAGCAGAGCAUUUCAUGUGACCUGGCACUAAAAGAACCGGYGUGCGUUUUGCCGCUGGAGCUCAGAGGCAGAAGAAUUCGUGAGCGAUACGCCCACCAAGCAGGCUGUACAGGUACCAGGCACGCCGUGCAUCACCGUUACAAAGUUUACAUGUGCAUUUGCACACGCACGCACCCCGUUCACACCCGCAGCACGGCUGCGAAGCCGCGCACGGCCGUGCCUGCCCGUGUCUGGGACGCGCCCGCCGCUCCACGCACACGUGCGCUCCGGGCACCUCGACAUGAGGGCUCGAUCCCCGCGGCUCAGCGCGGCGUUCCCGCGGGAAAUCAACACGUUUUCCUCAAAAGGUGGCGAGUCCCUGCUGAGCGGGGCUUUGCUGCCGGGGAGCGCCGAGAGGCCCGGCCGGGGCCCGGCGCGGCCGCACAGCCCGGCCUGCGGUGCGGCUCCCGCGCCUCCGUCCCGCUCGGCUCCGCGGGCGCGGGGGGUCCCGUGGUGGGCACGGACAUUGCCGGUGCUGUGGCUGCAACUCCCGGGACACACGGCCACUGCUGCAGAUGCACGCAAGCUCACCGAAAUCGCCGUUCGCCUUGCUGGUUGUAUUACCAAUAUGUCCGUAUCUUGAACCCUCGGCCCCCUCCUCACGGCCGUUCUCAGCGCCGGGGGUCGCCGGCCGAGUGGCUUUUCGUGGGCUUAUGUGUCAAAACGCGACGGGUACGGUCACCAGAAGAGUACCGUUCUCUGGGGAAGGGAGAAAGGUUCUUGUAA